UGUUUUCAUUUUUUACUGUAACUAAUUCCGGGCUUUAAAGACUCGAGAAAAACAACUCCGUAAAUUUGAGAAGGCUCUCUAAUUCCGAGAGAUAGUCCCAUAAAAAUGAUGUCGAUCGCAAAAUACAGUAAUCUCAGCUACCGUGUAAUGUGCAAUAUGAAACGACUUGUCCCUGUUUCUUCCAGAAAUUACUAUGCAAAUAAUAAUGUCGUUCCGAUUGGAACAGAUCAAGAUAGAAACUCUGACACCUUCCAGGAUAAUUACAAUAGAAUGGCAGUCUUAGUCUCCCAACUGAAAGCAAAUAUUCAGAGAGUUCAAGAAGGAGGAGGUGCAAAAGCCACUCAGCGACACAAGUCAAGAGGAAAACUAUUGGCGAGAGAGAGGGUGGAAGCUUUAAUUGAUCCAUCUUCACCAUUCCUUGAAUUUUCUCAGUUGGCUGGAAAGGAUUUGUAUGGAUCUGAUGAGGUUCCUGCCGGAGGUGUUAUUACUGGAAUUGGGCGAAUCAUGGGAAACGAAUGCGUUAUUGUUGCGAAUGAUGCGACUGUUAAAGGUGGAAGUUACUACCCGAUUACAGUAAAAAAGCAUCUUAGAGCGCAAGAAAUCGCCGAACAGAAUAGUUUACCUUGUGUCUAUUUGGUCGAUUCUGGAGGUGCCAAUCUGCCACACCAGGCCGAAAUCUUUCCUGAUCGAGAACAUUUUGGAAGAAUCUUUUACAAUCAAGCAAACAUGUCUGCCAAGGGAAUUUCUCAAAUUGCUGUAGUUUUGGGUAGCUGUACCGCGGGUGGCGCUUAUGUACCAGCUAUGGCCGAUGAAAGUAUUAUUGUUAGGAAACAAGGAACCAUUUUUUUGGCUGGACCUCCACUAGUCAAGGCUGCCACGGGUGAGGAAAUCAGCGCAGAGGAAUUGGGUGGUGCGGACCUUCAUUGCAGUAAAUCCGGAGUUACGGAUCACUAUGCCGUUGAUGAUCUCCAUGCGUUACAUCUGGCAAGAAGGGCUGUCGGUAAUCUGAAUCUGGUGAAGAAGCCGGAUAUUUCUGUAGCCCAACCAGAAGAACCUCUCUAUCCUGCCGAUGAUAUUUAUGGAAUCGUUGGUGACAAUGUUAAGAAAAAUUAUGACAUUCGUGAGGUCAUCGCUAGAAUCGUGGACGCAUCGAGAUUUGACGAAUUCAAAGCCAAAUACGGAGAAACACUCGUCACAGGAUUUGCACGCAUCCACGGUUAUCCGGUCGGAAUCAUUGCAAACAACGGAGUUCUCUUCGCUGAAUCUUCGAUGAAAGGAGCCCAUUUUGUAGAAUUAUGUUGCCAGCGCCGUAUCCCGCUUAUCUUUCUUCAAAAUAUCACCGGUUUCAUGGUCGGACGAGAGGCGGAAGCAGGCGGCAUCGCUAAGCAUGGAGCUAAGCUAGUCACAGCUGUUGCUUGCGCUCAAGUUCCAAAGUUAACCGUUCUUGUCGGUGGAAGCUAUGGAGCCGGAAAUUACGGGAUGUGUGGAAGAGCCUACAGCCCAAGAUUUUUGUACAUGUGGCCAAAUUCGCGAAUUUCAGUGAUGGGUGGUGAACAAGCUGCUGGAGUCCUUGCACAGAUUUCGCAAGAGCAGAGAAAACGAGAAGGCAAACAGUGGACUGCUGAGGAAGAGAAAGCAUUAAAAGAUCCGAUUUUGAAGAAGUAUGAUGUUGAAGGAUCUCCGUACUAUUCUUCGGCUCGACUGUGGGAUGAUGGUGUAAUUGACCCAGCUGACACACGCAAAGUCCUGGCACUGAGUCUUAGUGCAGCGCUUAAUGCCCCAAUCCCAUCCACUAAAUUUGGUAUUUUUAGAAUGUAAAUCUGGGCGAGAAAGUGUAUAAAAUAUAUAGAUAACUAUUGA